GAAAAAUUUUUUUUUCAGGGCUUUCCCGCCUCGGAAUAUUUUUUUCUUCCGCGGGGGGGGGAAAAUAAUUUUUUUUCAAACUCCACCUUUCCUUCCCCCCCCCCUCCCUCCCUCCCCUGCAUUCUGAAAAAUUUCGAAGGCCAGAUCGGGAGAUUCGGGAGAGCGGGAGGAGAAAGUUGAAUGGUCGGAGCGGCCGGAGAAGUCGGGCUGGCGAGCAGCGCAAGGAGGUGUAAAGCGGGUUUGAAAAAAGGCGGCGCCGAGGAGGUGUUUGCUGUUGCGCAGAGCGUAUGGUUUUGCAGCUGGAUCCUCCACCAAGAAUGAUAUGAGACUCGACAGAAGAAGACAAUGCACACAGGCGGAGAGACCUCAGCAUGCAAACCUUCGACUGUUCGGCUUGCACCUUCAUUUUCAUUUCAUGCUGCUGGCCUUCAAAUGGCUACGCAGGUGCCUCAUUCUCACCAGCAAUACAGUGACCGUCACCAACAAACUAUAAAUGACCAGCAGGUGCCUGCAUUAUCCUACACUGACCAGCUUCAGCCAACUGUAACGAAUCAGGUAAUGCCUGAUGUUGUCAUGUUGCAGAGGCGAAUGCCCCAAACGUUCCGUGACCCUGUCACUGCUCCGCUGAGGAAACUCUCCGUAGAUUUGAUCAAAACGUACAAACACAUUAAUGAGGUGUACUAUGCAAAAAAGAAAAGGCGGCACCAACAAGGCCAAGGGGAUGAUUCAAGUCAUAAAAAGGAAAGAAAAGUGUAUAAUGAUGGUUAUGAUGAUGACAACUAUGACUACAUUGUAAAAAAUGGUGAAAAGUGGAUGGACCGUUAUGAAAUUGACUCCUUAAUUGGAAAAGGGUCCUUUGGACAGGUUGUCAAAGCAUAUGACCGUGUGGAACAGGAGUGGGUAGCAAUAAAGAUCAUAAAAAACAAGAAGGCGUUCCUAAAUCAGGCACAGAUUGAGGUUCGACUGCUUGAGCUGAUGAACAAACAUGAUACUGAGAUGAAGUACUACAUAGUUCAUCUGAAACGACACUUUAUGUUUCGAAACCACCUCUGCCUUGUCUUUGAGAUGCUGUCCUACAACUUGUAUGACUUGCUGCGCAACACCAAUUUUCGUGGCGUCUCCUUGAACCUUACACGGAAAUUUGCGCAGCAGAUGUGCACAGCUCUGCUCUUCCUCGCUACACCAGAGCUCAGCAUUAUCCAUUGCGACCUAAAACCUGAAAACAUAUUGCUGUGUAAUCCCAAAAGGAGUGCUAUCAAAAUAGUUGACUUCGGCAGCUCCUGUCAACUUGGACAGAGGAUAUAUCAGUAUAUUCAGAGUCGUUUUUACCGUUCACCGGAGGUGUUGUUGGGAAUGCCCUAUGACCUAGCUAUUGACAUGUGGUCACUAGGUUGUAUUCUGGUGGAAAUGCAUACUGGAGAGCCACUGUUCAGUGGAGCUAAUGAGGUGGACCAGAUGAAUAAAAUUGUAGAAGUUCUGGGAAUCCCCCCAUCUCACAUUUUAGAUCAGGCUCCCAAAGCAAGGAAAUUCUUUGAGAAAUUGCCUGAUGCCUCAUGGACAGUGAAGAAGACCAAAGAUGGCAAGAGGGUGAAUAUCAAGAGUAACAUAAAAAAAAUUGGAAACACAGAAUAUAAACCACCCGGAAGCCGGAAACUUCACAAUAUCCUUGGAGUAGAAACCGGUGGUCCUGGUGGAAGGCGAGCUGGAGAAUCGGGCCACACUGUAGCGGAUUAUCUGAAGUUUAAGGACCUGAUUCUGAGGAUGCUGGACUAUGACCCUAAGACCCGGAUAGCCCCCUAUUAUGCACUGCAACACAGCUUUUUCAAAAAGACAGCAGAUGAAGGGACAAACACAAGUAAUAGUGUAUCAACAAGUCCUGCCAUGGAACAGUCGCAGUCUACAGGCACCUCUUCUAGCACAUCUUCGAGCUCAGGUGGCUCUUCUGGGACAAGUAAUAGUGGAAGGGCAAGGUCAGACCCAACGCAUCAGCAUCGGCAUAGUGGUGGGCAUUACAGCGGAGCUGUCCAGGCCAUGGACUGCGAGACACACAGCCCACAGGUUCGACAGCAGUACCCUGUAGCAUUGGGAUGGACGCCUGGUGACGCCACGACACAGAUCUCGGUUGAAACUCAUCCAGUUCAAGAGACAACGUUCCACAUUGUUCCCCAACAGCAGAGUGCAUUACACCACCACCACUCUAACAGCUCCCAUCACCACCUCCACCAUCAUCACCACCAUCACCAUGGACAGGCCAUGAGCACCCGGAACAGGCCACGAGCUUAUAACUCCCCAACAAAUGGCUCCGCUGCCCAGGACUCGAUGGAAGUGGGACAUAGCCACCACUCCAUGACGUCCUUGUCUUCCUCAAACUCCUCUUCAUCCACCUCCUCUUCAUCUGUUUCUGGCUCUCAAGCUUAUCACAACCGGCCUGUUGUUGCCAAUACUUUGGACUUUACUCAGAAUGGCACUGUGGACAUAAAUUUGGGUACGUACACCAAUCCCCGCCAAGAGACGGGAGUGCCUGGCCCACAAGUGUACCAGUUCUCAGCAACAGCAGGUCCUGCCCAUUACAUGACAGAAGGGCAUUUGUCAACGCGGCAAGGAAUGGAUAGGGAGGAGUCUCCGAUGGUAGGUGUUUGCGUUCAGCAGAGUCCCGUCGCAAGCUCGUGACUACAUUGAGAUGGGGUUUGUUUUUGUUUGUGUGUCUUCAAGGUGGGGGUUUUAACAAAAAAAAAGUGCAUUGAGAACAGUGCUGCUUUGGAACAAAGGAAACAGGAUGGACAGGUCAAGAGCGCAGAGCUAAUUAUAUUUUUAAAUUGAAAAAGGAAUUUGCUAAUGGACUGUGGAGUGAAAGUGCUUAAGACUGGAUUUAUGGCCAGAAACCACCUUACACUUCAUGUUAUGGGUCACCCUGAAGUGUAGCCUCACCUUACGCUACAAUUCUCUUUCACAGCAUCCUGCCACCUGUGUUAGCACACCUUGGCAUGGGUGAAGUAGCAGCAUUAGUUUAAAAGCCACCUGGGAAAAAAAAAAAUGGAACUGCAGAUUGUUUUUAUGAAUGAUCAACACUCUUCAGUCUUUCCUGACCUAUUUUGUGUCAGCUUUCUUUAAAAAAAAAAAAAUCCCCAAGUACCGGAACAUCCUAAACACGGUCCUGUGAUGUACUGCAGAACAGGAGAUCUUGAUAAAGUGGAGCUUGCUGCCAUCAGAGCAGUAUAUGAACUGAGAGGACACUGUAAAUGAAAUUUCAAAAGCACAUCUGGCAUGCUGAGUGGUGGUCAGUAAAGCAACCUUGUUCUAAUCCUGCAGAAACUUUGGAGUUUUUUUUUUGGCCCUCAUCGGUUGAAUCAUUCAAAGGCUCUGAGUAGCAAUUGAAUGUUCAUUUUGGUCCGGUCAUUGAGAUGCAGUGAGUGGCAAUCAUCUGGUCAUUCUUGGCCUACUGCUUACAUUUUUCUGAGUGGCAGUCGGAUAUCCUUGGCCUUUCGAUUUUGGACAUUGACGGAAAAAUCGUUUUAAAAGAGGUUUUAUCAUUUAACAUGCCAUUGUGCAGAGGUCAUUGAACUUUCAGUCCUUAAUUUUUAAGUAAAGCAAGCAUGGGUAAUUAAUGAGGCCUUUGUUGGAGAAAAAAAAAACUGACCCUGUCCCAUCUUUUCUCUCUUUGCUCUUCUUCCCCUCCCCAUGCCCCACCACCAGUUGCAGGGAUUGAAGAGGUCAUGUGUGUCAUAAAGGUUACUUCCUCUGUUAUAGGUCACAGAAGUAGCAAUCUCAAUUUGCUGGAAUAACUAUAACUGUCCUUUCUUGGACUUUUUUCUCUCCCUCACCCACCCCACCCUAAAUUGCUUUUCCUUCAGCACGACAACUACUUCUGCGCAAAGACAACUCCUGUUCAUUGUGAACAUUUUUAAAAUGCAGAAUUUUAUGUGACUGCUCUCGCCUCACGAUUAUGCUGUGAAUUUUACAAGAAUUUAUUUUCCUUUUUUGAUAAUUUAUUGUACCAAAGCUGUUUUUAUAGCACAUAGAUGUCUGUAACCAAUAAUGUAGCAGUUCUGCACUUUUGACAAGGUAUAUUUAGAUCAUUUUUUCUUUUUAAAUGUUAAUUAUAAUUAUGGCUAUACCUAUUGCUUAACAAAACUGGAACUGAUAGCUUUAUGCAGUACUUUCACAACCUAAAUAUGUUGUAAUCUCAUUUUACUGUCUUUUUCACCCCAAAAGGGAUUCUUUUAAAACCUGAGGAAUAGUUUCUGAUUUUAUGCAAGUCCAGUUAUUAGAUGUUUGUUUGGCAGGUCUUGGGACGUCAAGUAUCCAUUGAUACAGACUAGCUAAUUAGAUGAGGUCUAGUUCAUGUAAGUAGGUGGGAAGGACCAACCAUUCACAAUGCAGUUGGUGCAGAACGAUCAAUCUAGUUUUGUGCUAAUACCCAUAUAUUUUAAUGGACCAUUCUGUGUAUUGCGCAUGCUAAAUAAGAGACUCAUCUGUAAAAACAUGUAGAUGGUACAAACUCACCUGAGCCAAAAUAAGCCAUUUUUUUUUAUUUAAAAGGGCACAUAAAUCUGCAGACAGAAAUUGCAGUACAACAACUGCAACUGAGAGAUAAAUGCAACCUCUUAAUAAAACUUGAAGACAAGAUGUUAUUAAAAAUGCUAGCCUAACUUAGGGUUUGUUUUAAUGUAUAUAAGCAGUGAUUAUAAGACCUGCCAUCAGAAUUUAUUAACAGAUUGGUUAUUGCUCUCUGCAACUGGUCCUUAUAAGCUAAUAAUUUUCCAGUUGGUCUGUAAUCUGAAAUGGAUCUCUGUAAUUAAUAAAUGGAUCAAUGGCCAUAUUGUCUGAUUCAACUGGAUCAGCACCAGGUGGGGAAACGCAGUCCACUUUCAGUCUGCAGUAGUGUUGGUAGGCUAUAAAUUUGAAUCCAUUUUCACCAAUCGCCAAGCAGUAAUAGCUGGCCUGUGCCCAGUGAUCGUCUUUCAGAGGAGCCCAGUUGGUGGCUUUGACUUCAGUGUCAGUUAAUCGUUGACUGUAGAUGCUUUUCUACAGCUUGGACAACUAUAUACGGUAUGAUUUCACUCAAAUCAACUUUAACGGUACAGCAUUUUAUUCCAAAUAUUAUGAAACUGCAGCAUGGAGUAAGAACCUAUGUGAUGUAGCACAAUUCUUAUUCACUCACUGUUGUGGUUGUAGAUCUGUCCUUGAAUUUUGGGAAGUGGAGUCCAGAGUGAUGGGACAUUGAAUUCAGCCCUCAACAGGGCUAUUGUUUAUUUUUUUUUUUGAGGGAGUGUUGAUGGCUAAUACUUGCUGCUGGCCUGUUCAAAUGCUUGGAUCUCCAUUGGCACAAGUCCCAGAGAUCAAAAUCUCACUAAUUUUGAACACCCAAGGCCAGAGAAGUGCAGCGUACUGUCAUGGGUGCAAUGUUAGAUCUUGAUUAGGAUCUUGGAUGUUAAAUAGCAAUGAUCAAUACUGACACACUCUAUACCUAAGUUAGGAGGAGUGCUUAACGCAGUAUAAUCAGCUAUUAAUCUAAUAAAUGCCAAAUACAAAUAGCUAUUAUGUGAGAUCUGUUUCUAAAUGAAAACUAGUCAGAUUUGUAUCUGAAUCUUAACAGUUAACAUCUGUAUUACAACCAGUCACUUAAUAUACACACUUUUUUUCCUCGCGUGUGUGCCUCUUGUCUCGUGUCUGCGUGUGUUUCAUUCGUGUCUUGGCACUGCCUUGCUCUAGGCACUUUCAUCUCAGCAUGCGCUCUUGCUCGCGUCUCUCCUUUUCUCUCCUGUUUCACCUCAAUUUACAGUCCAGUUUUGUUUGCUUGACUACACAGUUUGGUUACAGGACUUCUGACUGUGCAUUGUAAACCAUAAACAGCAUGGAAAAAGGUUAAGUACCUGUGUCCAGAGAUUGUAAGACCUAGUCAAGACUUGCUGUGUAUAUUGUAAUAUGUUAAAUGACAAAAGACAAGCCCUUUGUAUUAUAGUCAUGCAGUCUUAUGUAUGAUAAAUAAUUGAACAAUU